AUGGCGCUCAUCUCGACCAAAACCAUCCUCACCUCCCUCUGCUUUUUCCAUAUCACACUGGGCUUCUUCUUCCUCACCAACCCAGGCAGCAUCGCCGAUCAGCCCAUCGUGUAUCUUCUCGGCGAGUCCAUGGGUUUGCCCGACUCCCGUUCCUUCGAAACCCCCUCCCCCGCCCUCGGCUUGCUCGCCAUCGUCCUCGCAAUAUUCGGUAUUACGGACCUCGUAACGCUCUCUCUUCCCGACGAGAUCGGGCUUAUACACUAUUGGGGCAUGCAGGCCCCCCUCCGCCUCACCCUAAGCUUCAGCUUCACCCUCUACUCCUUCUUCUUCUCCGCCUCCUCCCCUCUCUUCUACCGCCCCGGCGCCAAACUCUCCUCCUCGUCAUCCUCCUCCCGCUUCCAACACCCCUCUGCCCACCACGCCGCCAACAACCCGGGGUACACGCCCUCCAGCUGGGGCGGCGAUGCCCUCAAGAACCGCGUGUUUUUCACCUUUAUGUUUGUCGAGACCAUGAGCUGGUUCUGGGUGUUUGUCACGCUCCAGGAGGAGAAAAGGGAGAUUUUGACAAGGAGGGCUAGGAGAAGGAGUGGGAGUAAUAGCCACUGA